CCUAAAGGUGUGGUUUGGUUUGGGAAGUAUAAAAACCUGGUGAUUCAAUCUCGCUCACUCUUCCUUCCAGGUUCAUCUAGCAAGAUCUCACUUUGCGCUCUGCUUUCCUAUUAAGCCACAGCUAUGUCCUGUCAUCCUGCCCCCUCCAGCGACAAUGGAGUUCAAGUGCAUUGAGCCCUGAGUACAGACAGUGGAGCAAGUAGAAGGAGCUGGAGCACUGAGGACCCACAGGAGCACAGACAGAAUAUACAAACCUGCCUUCAGAACCUGCUCCUCCAGAGAACCUGCUCCAACCAGAGUCAGGACGGGCCCCUGUGCUAAAGACCAUGUCUUCUGCUUCCCGGUUCAAGCUGUUGGCGAGCAGGCUCCAGACGCAGGCUGGCUCGCACUCCCUGCGGUAUUUCCACACCGCGGUGUCCCGGCCCGGCCUCGGGGAGCCGCGGUUCAUCGUAGUCGGCUACGUGGACGACACGCAGUUCGUGCGCUACGACAGCGACGCGGAGACUCCGAGGAUGGAGCCGCGGGUGCCGUGGAUGGCGCAGGAGGGGCCGGAGUAUUGGGAGGAGGAGACACGGAAAGCCAGGAACUUGGGGAAGAUCUUCAAAUUGAAUCUCCAGACCCUGCGUGGCUACUACAAUCAGAGUGACCACGAACCUCACACUCUGCAGUGGAUGUAUAGCUGUGACCUGGGUCCAGAUGGACGCCUGCUCCGCGGGUACUGUCAGGAGGCCUACGAUGGCCGGGAUUACAUCUCCCUGAAUGAGGACCUGAAAUCCUGGACCGCAAAUGACGCGGCCUCUCAGAUCUCUAAGCGCAAGUCAGAGAAGGCAGAGGAGGCCGACCACCAGAGAGCAUAUCUGCAGGGCCCCUGCAUAGACAGCCUCAAUAGAUACCUGCAGCUGGGGAACGCAACCCUGCUGCGCUCAGACCCGCCAAAGGCACAUGUGACCCAUCAUCCUGGACCUAAAGGUGAUGUCACCCUGAGGUGCUGGGCCAUGGGCUUCUACCCUGCUGACAUCACCCUGACCUGGCAGAGGGAGGAGGAGGAACAGACUCAGGACAUGGAGCUGGUGGAGACCAGACCUUCUGGGGAUGGAACCUUCCAGAAGUGGGCAUCUCUGGUGGUGCCUUCUGGGGAGGAGCACAAAUACACAUGUCAUGUGUACCAUGAGGGGCUUAGGGAACCCCUGACCCUGAGAUGGGAGCCUCCUCAGUCCACGGUCCCCAUCAUGGCAGUCAUUGCUGGUCUGGUUCUCCUUGGAGCUGUGAUCAUUGGAGCUGUGGUGGCUGUUGUGAGGAAGAGGAGGAGAAACACAGUGCUGCGUACCACCCUGCCCCCCACCCCCCUGUGCUGAUGGACAAGUUCCAGCCACCUGCCCUGGGAGCUGCACGCCUCAAACCUCUCGUCAAAGCUGACCAAGGCUUGUCUCCAUGGGUGAAGAACUCUUUCAGAUCCUAUGGUUUAUAAGUAUUAUAAGUAUCUGUCAUCAUUUAUAGGAACUGGUUACAAAUUAUUGUUGGUUAAUGUUAAAAAAAUACCCAUUGCUGGUCUCAAAUGUUUCACACUGGUACAGGAUUUUAUGUGCUGUUGUUUACAAAUUAUUGUUGAUUAGUGUUAAAAAAAAACAUUGCUGGUCUCAAAUGUUUCACACUGGUACAGGAUUUUAUGUGCUGUUGUUUACAAAUCAUUGUUGGUUAGUGUUAAAAAAAAAAACCAUUGCUGGUCUCAAAUGUUUCACACUGGCACAGGAUUUUAAGUGCUGUUCUUGUUUAAAAUGUAGCCAUAUAUCUCCACUGAGAAAAAAAAACACAAAAAAGACUUUGGUAAGAGUUUAUGUUGUCUAAAAGGCAAGAGAGAUUUUUGGUAUGUUGUUUAAAAAGCAAGGGAAAUUUUUGGUGUGUUGUCUAAAAAGCAAGAGAGAUUUUUGGUAAAAAAAAAAAAAUGUGUAAACAGAAAUGGGCCGUAUCUAGUUCCCUGUGUAUGUUUUCAAGGUCUAACUUAAACCAGGUAGGGAGCUGCUGACAGUCUAUCCCCGCAGGGUUCUCGUGGCAGGUCUCAGGGGCUGGUUGAACCACCAUCUGUGUUUCUUGAACAUUUAAAGGAGGCUUACAGGCGUUAUACUCCCUUUGACCCAACCUCUGAGGGUCAGCAAGCAGCAGUAGCUAUGGCCUUCAUAGGAGAGUCAGCAUCAGAUAUUAAAAGUUACAGCAGUUAGAAGGGUUGCAGGAUUAUAUCUUGCAGGAUUUGGUUAAGGAGGCAGAGAAAGUGUUUCGUAAGUGAGAGACUGAGGAAGAGANAGAGAGAGAGAGAGAGAGAGAGAGAGAGAGAGAGAGAGAGAGAGAGGCGGGAGGCAGAAGAGAGGACCGGAGGGAUUGUAGACUAGAGAAAUUUGACUGAAUUUUGGCCGCAGUGGUAGGAGAGAAAGGAAAGACAGGGCCUAGACAGAUAGAACCUGGGCAACAGAAGACCAAAGAUGAGUGAAGAUGGACAGAGGCACCUCUUGGACAAAGACCGAUGUGCUUAUUGCAAAGAAAAGGACAUUGGGCAAGAGAAUGCCCAAAGGAGAAAGGAAGGGCCUCGAAGGUACUGGCCCCAGAAGAAGAUGAUUAGGGGGAUGGGGCUCGGACCCCCUUCCCUGCACCUAGGGUAACCCUGACUGUGGAGGGGACCCCUAUGGGUUUUCUAGUGGACACAGGGGCUGAGUACUCUGUGCUGAAACAACCACUGGCGAAGCUAAAGAAUACAAAGACUAUAGUUAUUGGAGCAACUGGACAGAAACAAUAUCCGUGGACCACCUUACGAACUGUAGAUUUGGGGAGAGGACAAAUUCCUUCCUGGUUAUCCCUGAGUGUCCCACACCUUUAUUAGAAAGAGACUUGUUAACAAAGUUGAAGGCCCAGGUCAGGCUUACUUGAACCAGGCCGGAGGUGAUCAAAGCCUUUUGUUGACUGAACCAGUGACCUUCGCUCCCCCUGCUGUUCUCAAUCCCGCUGCCCUACUGCCCGAUCUGAUGACUCCUCACCUACCCAUCACUGCACUGACAUUUUGGCAGAAGAAGCUGGUAUCUGAAAUGAUCUGAAGGAUCAGCCUUGGCCUGGGAGUCCGAAGGUAAGCGGAAGGCGGGGGCAGCAGUGGUGGAUGGGAAGCAAGUAAUCUGGGACAGUAGCCUCCCUGAAGGAUGUCGGCCCAGAAAGCCAAACUCGUGGCUUUGAUACCAGCUCUACGGAUGGCAGAGGGGAAGUCUAUCAACAUCUACACUGACAGCAGGUGUACAUCUGCCACUGUCCAUAUACACGGAGCAAUAUACAGACAGAGAGGACUGUUAACAUCUGCAGGAGCCGAGCGGUGGUGGCGCACGCCUUUAAUCCCAGCACUCGGGAGGCAGAGGCAGGUGGAUCUCUGUGAGUUCAGACCAGCCUGGUCUAUAAGAGCUAGUUCCAGGACAGGCUCCAAAAUCACAGAGAAACCCUGUCUUGAAAAACAAACAAACAAAAAAAGCCGGGUGGUGGUGGCACACGCCUUUAAUCCCAGCACUUGGGAGGCAGAGGCAGGCGGAUCUCUGUGAGUUCGAGACCAGCCUGGUCUACAAGAGCUAGUUCCAGGACAGGCUCCAAAACCACAGAGAAACCCUGUCUCGAAAAAGAAAAAUCUGCAGGAAAAGACAUAAAAAGUAAAGAAGUAAUUUUGAGCCUCCUUGUGGCCAUACUUUUGCCAAAGAAGGUAGCCAUCAUACACUGUCCAGGACACCAAGAAGUUCGAGAUGCUGUGGCUAAAGGAAAUCAGAUGGCAGACCUAACCACUAAACAGGUGUCCCAAGGAGCAAUAAUCCUGGCAGUCAAAGAGCCUAAACAUUAUCAUGAUAUCAGUGAAACCAACUUUAGAUACAACCUGAGGACCAUCAAGUUAUGGGCAAAUUAGGACUGGUAAAGAAAACCCCAUACGGGGCAGUAGAGACAGAGGAGGAAAACUAGUCCUCCCACGAAAAGAAGGGCACAAGUGUGUUACCAACUUACAUUACCUGACCCCCUUGGGGGCCAGGAAACUAAAAGAUGUGGUUAGGUCCUCCGACUAGUAUGUUACGGGACUCUCUGACUUGGCAGAAGAAGUCAAAAGCUGCAAGUCCUGUGCUAUGACUAAUGCAGGACACUCCAUAUAUGCUCCUGGGAAGGGGCUCAGGGGCGACUGGCCUGGGGCCUACUGGGAGGUAGAUUUUACAGAAAUUAGCCAGCCAGAUAUGGUAACAAGUACUUAUUAGUUUUUAUAGUUACUUUUUCAGGCUGGGUAGAAGAAGCUUUUCCUACCAGGACUGAGACGGCCAAUGGGGUGGCUAAGGUCAUAGAAGAAAUCUUCCUGAGGUUUGGGAUACCCAAGGUAAUCAGGUCUGAUAAUGGACCUGUCUUUGUUGCCCAGGUAAGUCAGGGACUGGCCACCCCACUAGGGAUCAAUUGGAAAUGACAUUGGGCUUACUGACCAGAGUCAGGUCAGGUAGAAAGGAUGAAUAGAGUUCUAAAAGAGACCUUUACAAAAUUGGUGGAAUGACUGGACAGCCCUCCUUCCCUUUGCUCUGUUCUGGGUUCGGAACACCCCUUAUGAGAUCCUAUGUAGGGGACCACCACCACUCACUGAGUCGGGUGGAAUGUAUAAUCCCGAUGCUAUUCUUUCUAGACCUUUAUUUUUUUCCUCCUAAAGGCCCUUGAAACGGUGAGACGCCAGACCUGGGAACAACUGAAAGAAGUAUACAUAUCUGCCUGGAUCCAUGCCUCCCAGGUGAAGCGAGCUCCUAAACUACCCAAAUUGAAGUAUCUGGGACUUUGACAACACUACCAGUCAGGAGGCUUGUGUUUGGGGGACUAAUCAUAGGCUGACUCUUACCGAGGUUAUGUAAUGAGACUCUUAAGAGCCCUAAGACUCCUGACACCAGGUAUUUGGUUCCUGGUUUAGAUAAACAGUGGGCUUGUAAUACAGGCCUGACACCAUGCGUGUCAGCAUCGGUUUUUAAUGACACCAAAGAUUGCUUGUACAACUGGUACCUAGGGUCUUUUAUCAUCCAGCUAACACGCUUGAAGAUGAGUUUGACAAGCACCCAACUUGCUUUUGAUGAGAACCUAUUUCUCUGAAAUUAGCAGUAAUCCUGGGCCUCGGGGGAGCUGCCGGUGUUGGGACAGGUACCACUGCCCUAACACAGGUCCCUCAGUACUUUAACGAAUUAAAACUAAUUACUUUCAUUAGAGAAAGAAUAAGUGCUGUUCAGAUUUUGAUGUUAUGCCACAAAUAUAGCGCAUUACAAGGUCAAAAAGAUAUUGAAAUCUAGUUCUAUGAUUAGAACUAGGUACUAGAAGAAGUGGGGAGAUGAAAGACCUGGAUAACUCUAGGUAUUCCCAAAGAAAGCCCUGGAUAAAUCCUGACCCCUCUAGCAGAAAAAAUAGAGCCAAAAAAUCUAAGCAGGGAGAGAAGCACCAAAAAUCUAGAUUAACUGGUUCAGUGACUCUGUUUUAGGAACUAGCUGAAGAUAAAGUUAGAUUAUAAUCUUGAGAAACAGGGAGUUACCCCCUUGUGAUUAUCACUGUUAUUUUUGAAAUUUUUCAGUGAUCACUGGUAUUUUCAGAAUUUUCCAAUGACGCCCUCCCUGCCCCCUUUGGAUUACUGUGUUAUGGUUUUUCCCUUAAACCUUGCUUCUCCCAGCUACUCGGGGUCAAACUCUCUACCCCUGCAUGGGAAAUGAGUUUCGGCCCCAGUGCACUGGCUCCUGUCCUGUCAAUAAACCUCGUGUGAUUGUA